AUGCCGCGAAUCUCGACCAAAUCGUCGAAUCGGGCGGCGCGGUUCGCCCCCUUCCCCUCGGGAUCGCCCACUCCGAGCGACGAUACGGUCGUCUCCAGCGAGCGGGCCUCCCGCCGCAGCUCAGACAGCUCGGAAUUGGACAAUGGUGGUGACGGUGAUGACGAUGGGUCCGAGACUCCGGUCUCGCCGGCGCCUCCGACCGUGACGCAUCUCUUCAUCAACAACGAGCAUGUCAUGUCCAAGUCGCAGAGCUGGAGCAAUGUACUGGAUCCGGUCUCGCAAAGCUUACUAUGUAGGGUGCCUGGAAGUACGCUGCAGGAAGUCCAGAGCGCCGUUCAGGCGGCACAGGAUGCUCAGCCCGCCUGGGCGGCGUUGGGGUUCCAGGUGCGGCGGGAGCGGCUGUUGAAACUGGUGGAUGUCCUUAGGCAAAUGUCGCCGGAAAUAGUGACCUGUCUAUCCCGUGAGGUGGGGAAAACUCUAGCCGACGCCGACGCCGAAGUCUUCCGUGGGCUGGACUGCAUCCACGCGGCCUGCUCCGUCGGGCCCGAAAUGGCGGGCAUGUUUCUCGGAGGCGAUGCCACCUUGCUGCAGACUUUCUACGAGCCGGUGGGCGUCUGCGUCUCCAUCACCCCGUUCAGCUUCCCGUUCAUGAUCCCCCUCUGGUCGUUGCCCUAUGCUCUGAUCACAGGCAACACGGUGGUGUUGAAGCCCUCCGAAAAGACACCAUCGACAUCCGCCUUACUCGCCGAGGCCUUCCUCAAGACCGGCUUCCCGCCCGGGGUGUUCAACGUCCUCCACGGCGGCCCGUCGACCGUGCAGAUGCUGAUCCACCAGCCCGCCGUCCAGGCCAUCAGCUUCGUCGGCUCGGAGCCCGCCGCGCGCCAGGUCCACGACCUUGCGCGCGCGGCCGGAAAACGCAUCCAGGCCGAGUGCGGCGGCAAGAACCACGGCGUCAUCCUCGAGGACGCCAACAUGACCUCCACGCUCUUCGCCAUUGCCGGCAGUGCCUUCGGGGCGGCCGGCCAGCGGUGCAUGGCGCUCAGCGUGGCUGUCUUCGUGGGCAGUACGCGCGAGUGGAUCCCUCGACUGGUCGAGCUGGCCGAGUCGAUGGUCGUGGGCUGUGGGGGCGACCAGGAGUCCAAGAUCGGGCCCCUGAUCGACGAGGCGGCCGUCAAGCGGGUCGGCGGCGUCAUCCAACGUGCGGUCCAGGAGCAAGCCCGCGUGCUUCUGGACGGUCGUCAGAUCCAGGUUCCCGGUUACCCGGAUGGCAAUUUCAUGGGGCCGACGAUCCUGACUGAGGUGGAGACGUACAUGGAGUGCUACCAGUCGGAGAUCUUCGGGCCGGUACUCAUCUGUAUGGAGGUCGAGACGCUGGAGGAAGCGAUGGAGCUCAUCAAUCGGAAUAAAUAUGGCAAUGCAUGUUCCAUUUUCACCACCAGUGGUAAACAUGCCAAUACAUUUCAGCGCGGCGUCAACAUUGGGCAGAUUGGGGUCAACAUCCCGUUGAUAGGUAAGUUGUUAGCUUUGCUCGUGUAUGCCCCGUAUGGUACUGCAGUUCGGACGAGUAACAAGGAUUCGUUCCUUGGAGACCGACACGCUCCUGGGAAAACCUACUGGCCGUUCUUCACCACGACCAAGACCGUGUCAUCGCGCUGGGAGCAGUAG